AAAAGAUGCCCUCAAAGUUUGUAAAAUCCUACCGUUUAAUUGCGAAAGAGGGGAACCAAUUCAGCUUGGAUUAUUUAUAAUGAAUUAACAAAUACAUGAACUAGUCAUUGCCAAGGCUGAAUAUGACACUAUAGAUCAUAUAUAAAUUUCCCUUAUUUGUGAAGACAUAUCUGAACUUCCAAAAUGAAUUGUGUGAACAGUGAUGAUAAUUCUAAAUACAAUGAUGAAUGCCAAGAAAUCAGUGAUGAUCACAAUAGAAACAAAGAUGAUAGCAAUGACAUUGAUGAUGAUAAUGAUGAAUCAAGUGUCUCUACAGUAGAUUAUAAACUCGAAGACUUACAUGAACCCAAACCAUCAAUCCCUAAUCAUGAAUUUACAAAAUCAAAAAUCAGGCAUAUCAAGAAAGAAGAAAAUUUAGUGAAACAAACAACAUUUGGUUCUACCAUAUUAAGCUCAUCAUUGUCAGAUGGUGUUGGCCAAAAGGGGGUCUUAAAUGAAUUAUGGAAAUCAUGCCGUCGGGUUCUUGGCCUUCAAGAAUGCAGUUUGUUUGUUCAACUAAAACAGCAAGGGAAAAUACUGUAUGGAGGAAGUGAAGACAUGGUAACACAGUUCAAACGAGAGGGAAUAGUCUAUAUGGAUCAGGGCAGAGAGGUGAAACUGAUGCCACUACAUGUGCAAAAAUCAACACUUCUACAGGAAAACAAACCAGCAAAACCAUUGAUAUGUAAUAUUUGCUCAAAUGAUCGUAAAUCAUUUUCAUCCCGAAGUUCUCUGAAUCGACACCUACAACGUGUACACGCCAUUAACACAAAAACAUCAAAAGACAAAAGUCUUGUCUCACAUUUGGGAAUCUCGAAAGAAGACAAUAAUUCAG